AUUGUGUAGGCAGGAGUCAAUAAAAUUGUGUUUUGUCUUUGAAGUUGGUGGGCCAAGCCGUGUUCAACCCAGACCCUUCACUGCUGACAAAGUGUUAUCUGAUGAGGAUGUGGAAGCAGCUAUUGCCGUUUUGAAACACUCUGCUGAUGAAGACACCAUCCGUGAGAAGAUGAAAGCUACCUUCAUUUAUCGUCAGCCAAUGGUCAACAAUGAGAAGAGAGCAGGGGAUGUGUUCUCAGUCUUCCCAAGAUUUCUAGACACACCUGGACUGAUAGAACAAGAUUUCAGACUGCUGUUUGGGGAGGCCACAGCCAACAAAUUCCUGGAAAAGUGGGCCAAUGAUCUGAAAACAAAAGUGAUAACAGAAAGCCAUGGACUGGUACCGACCACAGAGCUCUUGGAUUUAAUGCGCAAUGCUGAGUCAACUGCUGAAAUUGAGAAUGGCUGGGACAGUGACAUGUCUGCUAUCUUGCUGCUCCUCCAUCUCCUACCACCAUCUGCAAAGGGAAGGAAGAGGCCGGGGAAGGUGUCAGCAUGUCAGGCUGUGCAACACCUCAUCAGAUUCAUAAAAACUGGAACCAGUGUACAGCAGCACCUGGAUAACAUCAGCCAAAGCAGCCAGCCCUACCUCCUUGCUCAGGGGCCUGCAAGAAGCAGCAUUCACACCUUCUUUAUUGUGAUUGACAAGUAUGCCCUUCCAUGCAAGGCAACAGGUUCAGUGGGAGCCCUAGACGAACUCUUUAAGGCCCAUUACGUCUUUGGUACCUCUUACAGCUCUUCCUUGGCCAAGGUGACCAGGACAAAAAACAAUUUUCCGACCAUGCAGACCACCAUGGCCCCUGCCCUCCUGCCCCAGACCAGCUUGCACAAACCCCCCACAGUCACCCUGCCACCUCAAAGUCCCCCAUAUCCCAACUUUCCAGAGACGCAAGUCACACAGCAUCCCCCCAUGAACCAGCCAGCUGUCCACCCUUACCCAACACAGGUUUAUCAGCCAAGCCCCCAGGUCACCACCAUCAAUACUGAUUCAUUACCUGCACCUCAGGCCCCCAUGUUGAGUUCCCCAGCACCACAUAUGAUGAACACUAUGAAUAACCCCUCUACAACUGAGCAGACCCCCCAAGGCACAGACUAUUGA